AUGGAUCCCAAGGGGCUCCUCUCCCUAAGCCUCCUGCUGUUUCUGUCUGCAGCUUUUCAUCUGAGUAACGCAACAGGUGGAAGCCAGAAGAACUGCCCAGUGUCUGUCCAGCAGCUGGGAAGGAAUGUGCUGCUGCCUCUGACAGAUGAACAGAUAAACAAGAGCAUGAACAAAAGCAACCGCAUCCUUGUCAUGAUAUCAAAAUCACCAGAAGACUCCGUCAAGAGGAAAAUAAUGUCUCUCAGUCUACGGGAAAGGAGCUCAUCAGAUUACGUAGAGCGUGGCUAUCAGUUUCAUCUGGAAAACCUAAGCUUGGGGAUCCUAGGAAGCAGGAAGGAGCACGAGGGAUGGUACUCUAUGAACCUGGAGGAAAACGUACAAAUCCACUCAUUUUGUGUGCAGCUGAAGCUUUAUGAGCAGGUCUCCACUCCAGAAAUUCAAGUGCUAAACAGGACCCAGGAGAGCCACAAUGGGACCUGCAGCUUGACGAUAGCCUGCACGGUGCAGCAGGGGGACCACGUGGCUUACAACUGGAGCGAGGAGGGGGGCACCCACCUGCCCAGCCCAGCCAACAGCUCCCACCUGCUCUUCCUCACCCUUGGCCCCCAGCAUGCUGACAAUUUCUACAUCUGCACUGCGAGCAACCCUGUCAGCAGCCGCUCCCAGGCCUUCAAUCUGUGGAGCAGGUGCAGUUCGGAUCCCGCAGCAGAAUCAAGACAGUGGGGAUUGUAUUCUGGGCUGCUCUUAGGGGGCAUUGUGGGUGUCAUCCUAAUUCUCGAAGUGGUAAUACUCCUGUGGAGAAGAAGAGGUAAAGCAAAACAUUUUCAGCCAGCGAUGGAAGAAAAAAGCCUUACUAUCUAUGCCCAAGUCCAGAAAUCAGAUUCUCUUCAGAAGAACCCUGACCCCCAGCCAGCUCAGGAGCCCUGUACUACCAUUUAUGUGUCUGCCACAGAGCCUGUUCCAGAGGUGAGGCAGGAACCAAGUUCCAUCACAGUCUAUGCCAGUGUAACACUGCCAGAGAGCUGA